GGUAGACUUUUUCAGCACAUUUUGGAUGCUGAAAAACUCGGCUUAUACUCGAGUAUAUACGGUAUGUAUCUUUAAUUAAAUAAGUUAUCUGGCAAUGUAAAAAUACUUACACUGAAUGGUUGAUACAUUGUCGGUUCCAGCAUCCAAUGCAGCUGAAAUAACUACCACAUAUUUUCCAAAUAAGUAUCCCUUUAAUAUGCAAUGUUCUUGCUGAUUAACAAAUGAAUCAAUUAACUUCAGCAAGAACUACACUGCUCUCUUAUAUUUUCCAGGAGUGAACAAUUUAUUCCAAUCGCUUGUUUCUCAUGAAACUUUUGGCAAUUCCAUUUGCCAUCUUGACCUUUCUGGGAAUCCUGGGAUUCUUGCUACAGAGGAUUGCAUUAGUUUCUACAGUUUUCUUGAUCAUUGCAAAUCAUUGUGUCAUCUUAAUCUGGCUGGUACUGAUUGUGCUCUGGAUUCUGUAAGUAUAUUAUUAUUAUUAGUAGUAUUACUUCCAAAUUCUGAAUACACUAUAAUGCAUGGUUUUUUUUCUUCUUAUAGCUUUUUGGGCCUCUGUUGCAUGGCAGCUGUUCAAGACUGUCAUAUCUGAAUGUCUCUAGAAAUGUAUAUACACACAAGUAAGUGUGUGACCUUUUUAUUUGAUAAACUUGGCUAAUUUCAGAAAAUAAAAUAAAGAACAGAGUUUUAAAGUGCUUGUAUACAGGAUUAUGUGCUCCUAUAUACCUAAUUUGUGUAUUAUAGUAUAUUUGUAUGUGGCAGCAAUAUUGCUUUGUUGACUGUGUUAUCAUCCUAGCAAGUAAGCACAAUAAAUAUAGCUGUGAGCCAUCACUACUGUACAACAGUGAGCCAUCACUUCCCAUGCCAUCUGUUCUUAUGGUAAGGAAGCCCCACUGCAUUUUAGGGCCUUGUCAGUUUGACAAUGGAAUGGAUUUUCUUGACCUAAAUGUAUAUAUUAAAACUAGAUUUAUUAAGACCAGGUCCACCAAAUGGGGAAGUUCCGUUUCCCAACAUAUUCCUUGUGUUCUUACGUUGUUUUUUUGUUUUGUAAAAGAAGAAUCAAAGAUAUUCCUCCUGAAGUUUCACAUUUUUUUACCAAGACCUCUGCCCUUAAGCAUCUUAACUUAUCUGGAACUAAAUUACCUUCAGAAAUGUUAAGAGAGAUUUUACAUGGAUUGGCAAUAAACGAUAAGAUCAGCAAUCUGCAUAUGGAUCUUAGUGAUUGUGAGCUCCGCUCAUCAGGUGCCCAGGUAAUACAAGACAUGAUUUUCGAUAUUAACUCACUGAGCAGCCUGGAUAUAUCCAACAAUGGGUUUGAUUCUGAUAUGGUAACACUCAUCUUAUCAAUUGGACGAAGUAAAUCCAUAAAGCAUGUCUCAUUAGGAAAAAAUUUUAAUGUUAAAUCUGGCACUGCUGUGGCUGACAUCAUUCACCGAAUUGUGCAACUAAUUCAAGAUGAAGACUGUACAAUUGAAUCUCUGUCAUUGGCUGAUUCUAGGCUGAAAUCAGAAAUAAACAUUCUCCUAAAUGCCCUAGGAAAAAAAAACAACCUCAGAAAGAUUGAUAUCAGUGGUAAUGCAAUGGGGGACACUGGUGCCAAACUCCUGUCAAAAUCCUUACAACUUAAUACACAACUUAGGAUGAUUACCUGGGACAAAAAUAAUACAACAGCAAAUGGAUUUCUUAUUUUAGCCCAUGCACUGGAAAGGAAUUAUACAUUACGUUCCAUGCCUCUGCCUUUAAGUGAUAUUUCACAAGCAUAUCGAAUGAAUCAAAGUAAAACUGAGGAUGCUUUACAUCUGAUUCAAAGUCAUCUUCUAAGGAACAAUCAGAUGAAAGGGAAUGUUCCUAAAAAGGUGAAUGGAUUUCAUAAGAAAAAAUCAUUUACUUUGCCCCUAAAGUUGAAAAUGCAACAAGCAAGAGGCAUGAAAGAAGAAACACCUGGGCAUGAAGAACAAAUAAUCAGAUAAACUCUAAACUCCUCUCUCUAACAACUUCAUUUGGUCUGUCUCAGUGGACCUCGCCUACCCACAUCGAGGGUCAUGCUCUUGAUCUUAUAUUCUGCCAUCACAACCAUCUCUCUCUACCCACACCUUAAUGCACAAGAUUUAUCAACAGUAGCAGCACAACCCAUCUCUCAUAUUAACAAUCUUUCCUGUCCAAAUAGGGCAGCUUCUCUAUACAAUGAUGCCUUUCAACAGCUCUUGACUCCUUUGCUCCUUCUACCAUCCGUCACAGCCAACCAGCUAAAGCCCAAACCUGGCACACUAGUUUAACUCGGUACAUAACAAGAUGUUAUAGAUCAGCUGGACGACAGUGGAAAAAGUUACAAACUGAUCCUGACUUCAGCCACUUCAAAUUCAUGCUCUCCUACCACACUCGAGCUCUAUCAGUAGCUAAAGAACAGUACUUCUCCUCUUUAAUCUCUACUCUCUCCUCCAAACCGCAGCAACUGUUUGCCACAUUUAACUCACUCCUAUGCCCCCCUCAACUAUCAAUGAAACUGCAAAAGAUCUUGAUAAUUUCUUUAAUGAAAAAAUCGAUCUCAUUAGACUGAGCAUACUAUCUGACAACAAUCUCAGACUAACUUGCAGUCCACUCACAUCCUCAACACUAGAUGAUGUUAGCAAACUUCAAUCACACGCACAACCUGCUCCCUUGACCCCAUACCUUUAUGCAUCCUUUAUCCAAUCUCUGAUACACUCUCUCCUGCACUUACCCACCUAUUUAACCUUUCACUCUCUACUGGUACUUUGCCAUCCAUCUACAAACAAACACUAAUUACUCCUAUCCUCAAAAAACCUUCCCUUGAUCCCAGCUCUCCUGCCAACUAUUGUCCUGUUUCCCUUCUUUCAUUCGCAUCCUAAUUACUGGAAAGGCUUGUUUACAAAUGCCAGCAUUUCACUCCCAACUUCCUUCUUGACCCCCUGCAAUCUAACUUCCGCCCAACACACUCAACUGAAACUGCAUUCACCAAAGUAACCAAUGAUCUUCUACUGGCAAAGUCUCAAUGACACUAUUCCAUACUAGGAAAACCUAUUAAGUUGUUUUGCCUUCAGUAUCACCUUUAUGCUGAUGACACCCAACUGUACUUGUCUACUCCUGACCACUAUCCUUCUGUCCUUUCCUAGACUGUCUCUCUGCUGUCGCCUCCUGGAUGUCACAGCACCUCGAUUUCACAGCGCCACCUGAAACUGAAUCUUUCAAAAACAGAACUCAUUAUAUUUCCUCCAAGAUCUUCCCCUGUCUCUAAGAUAUCACUCACAGUAAACAUCACUUUUCAUUCGAACACACAAGCACACUACCUAGGAAUUAUCCUAGAUUCACAUCUGUCUUUUUCACCACAUAUCCAAACAUUUGCAAAAUCUUGUAGUAUUUAGCUAGUGUUUAACACUUAUUCAGUCUCUUAUCUUCUCCUGCCUUGAUUACUGUGACCUACUCCUCGCAGGUAUUCCAAGUCGCCUUUCACAAUUCCAAUCUGUUCUAAAUGCAGCUGCUAGACACAUUCAUCUAUCUCACUGCUCAGCAUCAGCUGCUUCCAUUUGCAUGUCCCUUACUGGCUCCCAAUCUCCUCUAGAAUCAAAUUCAAAUUAAUAACAUUCACAUUCAUGGCCCUUAACAAUGAAGCCCU